CAUGGUAGGAGGGACUUGAGGGAAGACUAUAUAAGUGCUGGGAAUCAGUGAGUGCCACCACAGCUCCGUCUUCACUCGUCAGCAUGCAGGGAACGUGUGUUGCGCUUCUUGCCCUCCUGGGCCUCGCGGCCGCGCAGGUGCAGCUCAACCUCGAGUUCGAGUACCUCAACAAGUUCGGCAACGUCAAGGUGCGACAAGCGUGCUUCGGUACCGAGGCAACGAUGGCGUACCACGCAGAGGUUGACCGCGCCGUUACCACCUGCUUCGCUAAGUUCAGGGCACCGCAGGUCUCCAACGACAACGGAAUCCAGACACUUUUCAGCCUCUUCCGUAAGAAGCGAUCAGCUGCGCGCUAUCCCUCGUCUCGCGUUACUUCAGAGAAGCGAGCAGCCCCGCGCUAUCCCGAGUCUCGCGUCAAGUUCAUCGCCGACGAGAUCAAGACCGAGGUCGACUAUUUCCGCUGUGUCAUGACCGAGAUGGGCUUUUCCAAGAGACCAAUGUAG